AUUUCUGAAGCGCCCCUCUCCAUCGCCGGCCCAAGACGGAAACAACAACCUCCGCCCCCUCUUCUUCUCGCACACAAACACGAAUCAAAAGGCAAAGAGAAGAAGACGACCGGGAUCGCCCAUCGACGCCGCCGCCGCCGCCCACGAUGUCGUCGAUGCUGUCCGCGUUCUCGCAGUGGUUCGUGAACCCGCGCCGCAACCCGCUCGCGCGCCUCCACAAGUACACCGUCGCCUCCCGCCUCACGAAAUUCGGGCUGCGGUACGACGAUCUGUACGACCCGUACUUUGAGCUGGACAUCAAGGAGGCGCUCGGGAGGCUGCCCAGGGAGGUUGUCGACGCCCGCCACCAGCGCCUCAAGCGCGCCAUGGACCUCUCCAUGAAGCACCAGUACCUCCCCGACGACCUCCAGGCACUGCAGACACCAUUCAGAAGCUAUUUGACUGACAUGCUAGCUCUGGUGAAAAAGGAGGCAGCGGAGCGUGAAGCACUGGGAGCCCUCCCCCUUUACGAGAGAACUCUUCCAUGAAGCCUUUUUUUUUUGUGCUCGACAGAGGUCGCUAUUUUUUUUACAUUAAUCGUCACAUCACAAUGCAUGAAAUAAAAUGCUGUGGAUGAUACAGUUCCUGUUCCAUACCGAAAGCUCUGUUUUUCAAUGUUCAAUAUUCAGGAUUGGCCCUCACCUGUAGGCGUUCUGGCUUUUCCAUGCUAUUUUCUUUACCUUUCGGUAGCAACCUUUCUAUUCCAUGAUCCUGACAUUGUUAUGAGGCCCAAAACACUUGUGCUUUAACCAGGCAACCAGCUGUAUUCCUUGUUUCUGCCAUGUUAUCCAUCAUUAUACA